UAAACGUAAAGUACGAUGUACAAAAAUGUUUUAAAGGGAGGUAUUCGUACAGCACAGAAGGCCUGGAAAUUACGAAACGAACUUGGCAAACUCAAUUUGGAUUUAGCUAAAGCCAAUUCCGAUUUCGAGCAGCAUUUGUGCGAAGUUGCAACCAGUUUCAGUUCCCGCAGCCUUACCCGUUCCCGCUUCCCCGCCUUCCAGUUACAGUUACUAAACAAAACCCAUAGCAACCAAUCCUACAUAUUGGCACAGUGGAAAUUGGCUGAGAAGAGCUUUCAAUAUUGUUGUCGCAGUUGUUGUUGUGCUUGCUGUGCUUUUACUAACGCCCCAUUGUUACCCCCACGCCGCCGCCAACUUCUUCAUCGUGCGCUGAACGACGCUGAUAAGCAUUCUGGGUAUCUACGUGCAGAGACGUGCCACCUAAAUACACUCGUCUCAUCGAAACAGUUCGUCAAAGUGCAAAAGCAAUUUUAUCGCGACUAUUCGAGCGUUUCACUGGGUGCACCACUCAAAAUAAGCGACGCACCACUGUUGGGUGAUCUUUGCAGUCGUUAUCGUGAUAUACUUGGACACACCUCGGCAGACGUCGUUGGAACGGGAGAACGUCAACAAGGCGAUAAGAAGCAGCAGCAGCAGCGGCACAUUCACAGCUGUUGCUCCAAUCAGAAUUCGUCGUUAACGAACGGAUGCGAUAGGAUGGCCCAAGGCAAGGCGGAAUUUGAGCGUUUGCCCACGAAUGUGGUGCCAAAGCAUUAUGAGCUAAUGCUGCAGCCCGAUCUGCAGGCGUUCAGCUUUACGGGCAAGACAAUCGUGCAAAUCAAUGUCACAGAGCCAACGACUCUGAUCACGCUGAAUGCGCUGGACAUAACCAUCGAUGGGGCGCAGUUUGAGUACGAGUGCGAGAAACUGAAACCGCAUCGCAUCAGCUACUCCAAGGAGAAUGAGACGGCAACGCUGGAGUUCACCAAUCAGAUACCGGCUGGAACGGCGGGUGUGCUGCACAUGUCCUUCACUGGGGAGUUGAAUGACAAAAUGAAGGGUUUCUAUCGCAGCAAAUAUUUCACGGCCUCGGGUGAGGAGCGUUAUGCUGGUGUCACCCAAUUCGAGGCGACAGAUGCCCGUCGCUGUUUUCCCUGUUGGGAUGAGCCGGCCAUUAAGGCGACCUUUGACAUUGCCCUGGUCGUGCCCAAGGAUCGCGUGGCCCUCUCCAAUAUGCCGGUGAAAAAGGAGGACAAUUUGCCGGGGGAAUUGCGUCGGGUGCGCUUCGAUCGCACACCCAUCAUGUCCACCUAUCUGGUGGCCGUUGUUGUCGGUGAAUAUGAUUUCGUGGAGGCCAAGUCGGAUGAUGGUGUCAUCGUGCGCGUCUUUACGCCCGUCGGGAAACGGGAUCAGGGCCAGUUUGCCUUGGAUGUGGCCACCAAGGUGCUGCCCUAUUAUAAGAGCUAUUUCAAUAUUGCCUAUCCGUUGCCCAAAAUGGAUCUAAUUGCCAUUUCCGACUUCUCCGCCGGCGCCAUGGAGAACUGGGGUCUGGUCACCUAUCGUGAGACAUUCGUCCUCGUCGAUCCCAAGAACACAUCCCUGAUGCGCAAACAAUCGAUUGCCCUCACCGUUGGCCACGAGAUCGCUCAUCAAUGGUUCGGCAAUCUGGUGACCAUGGAAUGGUGGACGCAUCUCUGGCUCAAUGAGGGAUAUGCCUCAUUUGUGGAGUUCUUGUGCGUGCAUCAUUUGUUCCCGGAGUACGAUAUCUGGACACAGUUCGUGACGGAUAUGUAUACGCGUGCCUUGGAGCUGGAUUCGCUGAAGAAUUCGCAUCCGAUUGAGGUGCCCGUCGGUCAUCCCUCCGAGAUCGAUGAGAUCUUCGAUGAGAUUAGCUACAACAAGGGCGCCUCGGUUAUACGCAUGCUGCACGAUUACAUUGGCGAGGAUGAUUUCCGCAAGGGCAUGAAUCUAUAUUUGACGCGGCAUCAGUAUAAGAAUACAUGCACUGAGGAUCUGUGGGAGGCACUGCAGGAGGCAAGCUCCAAGAAUGUGGGCGCUGUCAUGUCCAGUUGGACAAAAUACAAGGGUUUCCCUGUUGUCAGCGUUGAGUCCGAACAGAAGACGCCUACGCAGCGCAUCCUGCGCCUGGAGCAGAGCAAAUUCACCGCAGACGGUUCGAAGGCGGAUGAGGAUUGUUUGUGGGUGGUGCCCAUAUCGGUGUCCACAUCGCGUAAUCCCACCAAGAUUGCCAAGACCUUCCUGCUCGAAAAGGCCAGCAUGGAGGUGGUGCUCGAUGAUGUUAGUGCCGAGGACUGGAUCAAAAUCAAUCCCGGCACCGUUGGCUACUAUCGCACACGCUACUCGCAGUCGAUGCUGGAGCAACUGUUGCCGGCCGUCGAGAAUAUGGAGUUGCCGCCGCUGGACAGACUUGGCCUGAUCGAUGACAUGUUCGCUAUGGUGCAGGCGGGCCAGGCCAGCACUGUGGACGUGCUUCAGUUGGUUGGCUCCUAUCGCAACGAGACCAACUAUACCGUGUGGACGGCGAUCACCAAUUCGCUGGCCAAUCUGCAUAUCCUGAUCUCUCACACAGAUCUCAUGGAUGACUUCAAUAGGUUUGGACGCUGCCUGUACGAGCCGGUCGCCACACGGCUCGGCUGGGAGCCGCGCGAGAAUGAGAAUCAUUUGGAUACGCUGCUCCGCAGUCUUGUGUUCACACGGCUCGUUUCUUUCCGCAGUCCGGAUAUCACGGAAGCGGCACGGAAACAUUUCCGCAGCCAUGUUAAUGGCACCGAAGCACUGCCAGCGGAUCUGCGCAGCACCUGCUACAAGGCUGUGUUGCUAGACGGCGACGAGGCGAUCUUCGAGGAGAUGUUGACGCUGUACCGUUCCACGGAUCUGCACGAGGAACAGGAUCGCAUCUCGCGUGCCCUCGGCUGCAUUGGCGAUGUGAAGCUGCUGCGUCGUGUUAUCGACUUUGCCAUGUCCGGUGAAGUGCGUGCUCAGGACUCGGUGUUUGUCAUUGUCGCCGUCGCUGUUAAUCCCAAGGGUCGCGACAUGGCCUGGGAGUUCUUCAAGGAGAACAACAAGCAAUUGCUGGAACAGUAUCAGGGUGGCUUCCUGCUGACGCGUCUCAUCAAAUAUCUGAUUGAGAACUUUGCCUCCGAGGCGAAGGCGCGCGAAGUGGAAGAGUUCUUCCGGACGAACCAGAUACCCGGCUGCGAGCGCACCGUUUCACAAGCCGUGGAGACAAUACGCCUUAAUGCUGCCUGGCUGGAGCGCGAUCGGGAGAAAUUGACCGAGUUCCUGAAGGAGCAGAAUCUGUAGACCGUUCACCUUUUUUUUUUGUGGUCUGGCCUCAUACCAAAGCAUUUAGCAACAACUACAAAGCAACUAACAACAACACGAGCACGACCAAAGCUGUCACAACAACAACUACAACAAUUCCCAAUCCCUGUUAAGUGAGCCAAAUAGGUUAGCAUUAUUUAGAAGCAACUAUAACUAUGACUCCUUGCCUUUCUCUCCUCAUCCUCCUCCUCCUUGGUACCUCAAUCAGACAAGGCCAUCAACAAAGAGCCCAGCGGCAUUUAAAAACCGAGCUAAAUAUCAACUUGCUCAACAACAAAUAAUAAUAAUAAUAAAAAAUGUGCACUUCUAUCUUAUACGUAUACAAAAACAGAAAGUUAUGUUGAAUUUAUGACGAUAAAUAAAUGCAGUUAAAAUAAUAACUGACUUAAAUAA